UCUAAAUUAUUGAAAAAUAAACUGUCAUUUUUCAAUCUCGGUAAGGAGGUUGACGUCAGUCGAUGCUGCAACCGGGUUGGAAGUAGCAAUCCGCUUGUAGAACGCAAAGCUCAUAAACUUAGUCGCGACCGCGCAAACUUUGAGGGGCAUUAUUAGAGCCCCCAGUGAUUCUGGAUGGGUAAUUCUUUGUAUUGACAUACAACGAAGCUUAGACUUUGACAAUAUUUAUCAAAAUCGUCUUUACUAAGCUCUCCCAGGUCAGGAUCAGGAUGACCGUCACUCGGAGCGUCCAAGGUGUCAAGCGCACGCUUCGCGGAGACUGAUUUUUUCGGGAUAUCCGCAGACUCAAUCAUUCGGAAAGUUUAUGAAUCAGAUAGAUCAUAGUCUGUAGUACCUAGUGAUGACCUGAGGUCAAUGAAUGUUUAUUUCUAAUUGCAGAAUUCCUGACGGAAUACCGUUCAGUCAGUGUCGUGUGCGCGAUCGGCGGUGAGCGCCCUGCGUGAAACGCGCGCGAGGUCUCUCUCCAUGGUCCGCGCUUGCCUAUACUAGCAAAGUGUUGCUCAGAAUUUUGAUGAGUAUUCCUCAACUGCUGCUAAGACGGUGUACAUUGCACUUUCAACAGUAAACAUUGAACUUGCGAUUUUUCUAUCUAUCGAUUUGUUGAAUUUAAGUAUAAGACUCUCGAAAUUUUAUCAUCUUCCAUCUAUAUCUGCGAAAAUGGGAGACAAAGUUGCUUCGCCUGCCGCCGUAGCCAGCCCAGCGGCGAACACUCCAGCUGUUCAGGCCGUUCCAGCGAAAAAAACUGCAGCAUCGCCAAAAUCAAAGAAACCUCGUGUCAAGCCAGCUCACCCUCGUACAUCGGAAAUGGUGAACGCAGCUAUAGCAUCUUUGAAAGAACGUGGUGGAUCUUCUCUUCAGGCCAUCAAGAAGUACGUUGCUGCCACAUACAAAAUAGACGCGGAGAAGCAAGCAUCGUUCAUAAAGAAGUAUUUGAAAUCUGCGGUCACCAACGGUCUCCUAGUCCAGACCAAGGGCAAGGGAGCCUCCGGUUCGUUCAAAAUUGCCAAUGGAAAAAAUGUCAACAGCACACAGCCACAGCCGAAAGUACAACGUGCCGCACCGAAACCUGCUGCGUCAAAAAAAACUGUACCCGUUCCAAAGAGCCCGAAAAAGCCUAUUGUAGCCACCAAAAAAGCCGCUAUCGUAAAGAAGCCCGCCUCUGCUGCGGAGAAACGCAAACCCAUCAAAACUGUAGCCCCAAAAUCACCCAAAGUAAAAGCCCCCUCCAAGGCGAAGAAAGCUACCAAAAUACCAACUCGCAAACCCAAGGCACCCAAACCGAAAAAGGCAGCUGCAGCUCCCAAAACUGCAAAACCAGCAACAAAGAAGACUACAUCGCCAAGAAGAAAGUAAAUAAUCGGCACCGACCCAGAGCAAUAGAGCAACAGGAAAAAUCUUCAACGGCCCUUAUCAGGGCCACCAAUUGAAUUCAAUGCCAAAGAAUUGGAUGUGUGUAAAGCUUGCCUGUUCGAUCAUUCCUCAUUUUUCAUCCACAAAUAUCCUGUUCACUUUACAUAGAACAUACCUGAUUCGAAUAUCGGAUUAAAUCAUACAUCCAACACUGAA